GCCUCAGCCGUCCCCGCGGCGGCACCUGCCCGUCUGUGCGCUUCCGAGGCCUGCCUCCCGCUUUGUGCCGCCGAAGAUGGGCUUGGGGUCUCGCUUCGCAUCGAGCCACACUCCUCGUGGAUGUGGCCGGGCUCGGGGACGCCGGCCGUGGAGGGGGGCUCGCGGGCCGCCGCCGCUGCAUGAUCUCUCCGCUGUACCCGCGCAUCCCUCGGUGUGGGGAGGGGCCCGCUCGCCUGUGCCCCCCGGCUCCUUCCUCCGCUCGGGGCGUGGGGUGGUUGGGCUCCUUCCUGGUCUCCUCCCCCGCCCCUCUUUCCCAUUCACUAACCGGAGACCCCCCGGCUUCCCCACCUCCCCCUCUAACAUUAUUAAUCUCUGCCUUGCUUUCAAUGGGCCGGUGCUGCUGUCGCUGCCGUCCCUGCUGCUGCUGCCCGCGCGGGGUGUGGAUGGUGUCGGCUCCGUGUUGUGAUGACAGGAGAAUGUGUGUGUGUCCCGGGCCCAGGCGAAUUGGAAUCCCAGUCAGAAGUUCUAGUUUGCCUCUGUACUCUGAUGCCAUGCCGGCCCCAACUCAGCUGCUUUUCCCCCUGAUCCGUAACUGUGAGCUCAGCCGCAUCUGCGGCACCGCGUGCUACUGCCACCACACGCACCUGUGCUGCUCCCCGCCUCCCUUCCCUCUCAGCCGCCUGAGAUACGCGCCCCAGAAGGCCUUCGCCACCGUCUGCCGGCCGAAGGAUCCCUUCUGGCAGUACAGCCAUACCAGGAGGUAUGCCACCACCCCUCAGAGAUUUUACCUCACCCCCCCGCAGGUCAAUAGCAUCCUGAAAGCCAACGAGUACAGUUUUAAGGUGCCUGAGUUUGAUGGCAAAAAUCUAAGUUCUGUUCUUGGAUUCGACAGCAAUCAGCUGCCUGCCAAUGCGCCCAUUGAGGACCGCAGGAGCGCAGCCACUUGCUUGCAGACAAGGGGGAUGCUCCUAGGAGUGUUUGAUGGCCAUGCAGGUUGUGCCUGCUCUCAGGCUGUCAGUGAAAGGCUUUUUUACUACAUCGCCGUCUCUUUGUUGCCACACGAGACUUUGUUAGAGAUUGAGAAUGCGGUGGAGAGUGGCCGAGCCCUCCUUCCCAUCCUGCAGUGGCACAAGCACCCCAAUGAUUAUUUCAGUAGAGAGGCAUCCAAACUUUAUUUCAACAGUUUGAGGACUUAUUGGCAAGAGCUCAUAGACUUGAACACGGGGGAAACCACUGAUGUCAAGGAGGCUUUGAUUAAUGCCUUCAAGAGGCUUGAUAAUGACAUCUCUCUAGAAGCACAAGUAGGGGAUCCCAACUCUUUCCUCAACUACCUGGUGCUUCGAGUGGCCUUCUCAGGGGCCACUGCUUGUGUGGCCCACGUGGAUGGGGUGGACCUGCACGUGGCCAAUACCGGGGAUAGCCGGGCCAUGCUGGGAGUGCAGGAAGAGGAUGGCUCGUGGUCGGCAAUCACCCUGUCCAAUGACCACAAUGCACAGAAUGAAAGUGAAGUAGAAAGGCUAAAACUAGAGCAUCCUAAGUCGGAAGCCAAAAGUGUUGUGAAGCAGGAUCGGUUACUGGGUUUGCUGAUGCCCUUCCGGGCUUUCGGAGAUGUCAAGUUCAAGUGGAGCAUUGAACUACAGAAGAGAGUGAUAGAAUCAGGCCCAGAUCAGUUAAAUGACAAUGAGUAUACCAAAUUUAUCCCCCCCAAUUAUUAUACCCCUCCAUAUCUCACUGCUGAGCCAGAAGUCAUAUACCACAGGUUAAGGCCACAGGAUAAGUUUCUGGUGCUGGCAACCGAUGGUCUGUGGGAGACCAUGCACAGGCAGGAUGUGGUUAAAAUAGUAGGUGAAUACCUCACUGGAGUGCAUCAACAAAGCCCCAUCUCCGUCGGAGGUUACAAGGUAACUCUGGGACAGAUGCAUGGUCUCUUAGCAGAAAGGAGAGCCAAGAUCUCCUCUGCCUUUGAAGAUCAAAAUGCAGCCACCCAUCUCAUUCGUCAUGCUGUUGGCAAUAAUGAGUUUGGGGCUGUGGAUCAUGAGCGCCUCUCCAAGAUGCUCAGUCUUCCUGAAGAACUUGCUCGGAUGUAUAGGGAUGACAUCACAAUUAUUGUUGUCCAGUUUAAUUCUCAUGUGGUGGGAGCAUAUCAAAACCAGGAACAGUGAGUGACUGAAAAUUAAGGCGAUUAGAGGAUGAAAAGAGCAAGUUUGAAGGGUGAAAAGAUUAAAAUAUAUAACUUGAAAAAUCCUUCCAGUGGGUCAGCCCAUCAAAUCAAGCAUUUAUUCAUUUAAAAUCCUAACAAAUGCCGGUAUGUUUCUAGAAUUUGGGAGAAUGUCAGGAAAGGGCUAAUAAGAUGACUUCUCCAAAGGUCUGAAAAAAAAAAUGAUGCCUUAGCUUUAACCAGACACAGCCUCCAGUUGAUCAGGAAAAAGACCCUUAGAGACCUAUCAAGUUCUCUUUAUAAGUGUCUCCAGGGAGGGCAGGCUUAAUUUGACCAGUCUUUUUGAAAUAGCCACGACCUCAGGAUAGGACCUUGACUAGACAGUGAAAGAAAUUUGCUGGAUCUAUGCUUACUGUAGAAAGGGAACAAAAUAAUGUAUUCAUUUGCAGCCUGAUUUUCUUUAAGAAAAAUAUCUGUUCUACCAAUGAGCAAAACUGUCCCUUACCAUUUUUAAUUGCAUACUUCCCCUGUGUGUAUUUGUUUACACGUAUUCAUAGAAUUCUUUGUGUUUAAAUGGGUUAAGCUGUAAGUUAAAAAAAUUCAAGCAAUUCAAAUUUAUUCAACCUAUUUGGUUUAUAACAUUUAAUUUAAUUGAAAUGCUUUUGGAAAAAAUAUAAACAAUUUUUGGUCCCUUUCUGACCCACCUGUCUCCCACUGCCCCAAUAUCAACUUCCUGAUAGAAUUGAAACAUAACUACUCUUACCGUAGUUUUUAAAAAAAAAAAAACUUUUUGGAUCUCUUUAAUUUGUUAUUGUUAAUAAACAAGGAAAAAAAAAACUGCGUUUCACUUUUUUGAUGUGAAAAGCUUUAGUUGAGCUGCUUAAAUGAAUAAGAGACUCCUUUUCAACUCCUGUGAAAGUUGUUUUUUUAGAUUGAGAAAGGGGAAAGCUGACAUCCUCAAGAGCUUUAAGGUCCUUUCGUACUUUAUCUUAUGUCAGUGUUACUUAUUAAGUGAUCUCCAGUGAUGGUUUGCUAUCAGUGUGAAUAGGUUUUGUUUGAUUGUUUCUUUACCACAAGAUCACCAUUUCUUCUCCAAAAAAUAUUCAUCAUUUUUGUAUUCAUAUAUGCCAUAUAUAUAUGACAAGUUACAAAAGGUCGAGUGGGGAAGGGAAUAUUUCACUAUCAACAGAUGGAAGGGAAAGGGAAGAAAGUAUCUUGCUUUCCUCAGCUUCUCCCUACUGCCCCAGAAAACACAGGUCAAAAUGUAAAUGUCCUUGGUUUAAAUAUUGCUAAAUGAUUUAUACAUAAUAUGGUUUUUCAAUAGGAAUGCAAAGAAAGAGACAACACCUAAGGAAGAUAAUUACUGUGAUAUUGAUAACAGUAUUGUCUCUCACUUCCAUUUUCUAUACCUAUGUCCCUAUGUGAUUUCAUUUCUGCUGAUCAUAAAAGAAAGGAAUAUAAUUGUAAUGGAGGGAAAUAUAUUAGUGGUGGCACUUUGGAGCUUAUUUAAUAUGUAUCAUUGGACAUUUCACUACUGGAUUUAAUUGUGAACUGUGGAUUUAUUGUCUCCAUUUAAUCUAGUGUCAGUUAAAAUACUAGCUAUGAUUAUAUUUAAUUUGUGGGUAGAUUUUGGAUAUAAACUGUUCUCAGCUUUCCAACAUGCAAUUUAAUUGGGGAUAUUUGAUUUUAGAAGAAAAAUUGGACCAGAUGUGCAAGAAUUCCUUUCUGGCCUUUGACCUGUCAGGCAACUUUUGGAUUGCUAAAUUUGAUUUUUGUUAGACUCACCCAGAAAGCUAGUAGCACAGAAUAAUUUGCUAUUUGAUUUCUGGAUAUAGUACACAUAUUUAGAACUCAGUGGUAUAAAAAAGAGAAUCAUUACUGCAUUAUGUACUGUAGGAAUGGAGUUACAUCAAUUGCUCUGAAUAAAACCACUGAAUGGUAAAAUCUCAGUAUUUGUAUAUAGCCCAAUACUAUGUAAAUUUGGCUUUCCUUUGUCCUAACUAAGAUGGUGGCACUUCCCAACGUUUUAUUAAAAACAGUUGCACUGGUCUUCAAUUUGAAAGCUCAGUUCAUUUUCCCACAGAAGAUGAAAACCACAGUUUGGAUUUUGACAACUUUAGAAAUGAGAUAAAUUGGGUGUAAUUGCAGUGUAAGUGUAACACCAUCCAAAACAAUUGUGAUCUUAUUGUAAUGUGUUGCCUCUGUGUUAUUCUUUAUGCAGAACUAAAAUUUCCGUAUAGAUAAAAAGGCUUGUAUCUUUCCUGUUGCCCUGUCUUAUGUGUAAAGUACAGAAUGUAUGUAAGCUGUUAAAGUAUUUAGCCUUUCUUAAAUUUUUCUACCAUUUAAACUUUCUAGCAGGAUAUGCACUUAACUACUGUAUUUAUAUCUAAUCAGUGGUUGAUUAUAGUAUUUAUAUUAAAAAAAGAAAAAAGUCCUUAAUAAGUGAAAAAGGGAUCCUGGUACUAUAGCAGUACUCAAUAGGAAAACAACUUUGUUUCAUAAUAAAGUAUAUAACUGUACAGGGAUAUAUUCAAGUGUUUAUGACUUGGAGAAAUGUUGUUAGAAAUGUCUGGAGUGAAUUAAAGCAUUAUAACUGCUUUCCAAAUGCCUUGUGAUGUUGUUGUAAGCAUAAGAAUGUCCUUUUUAAAAAAUGCCAAUAUCUUGUUUUUAUAUCACUUAAAUUUUUAAAUAGUUCUUACUCAUCUCCUACUCAAUAAGCAAUCCCUUAGAACAAAAUUUAAAAAAAAAAGUUAUGCAAAAUUUACCAGUGCAUCAACAGAGUCUGAUAGUAUAUACCUUUUUUCAUGUCCUUUGUUUCCCAACUCUGUAGGGAAGGAAGGGAAAUAUAUUUUCUCAUCUCUUCUUGGAGGAUAGACUUUGCCAUUAUAUAGCACAACGUUUUGGUUUUAAAAAAUAUCUUCAUUCACAUUUUUGUUUACAUUUUUUACAUUGUUUUCCUCUUUUUGCUUACCCCACCUUGCAUUAAUUUAAGUAAAAUUUUCCACACGUCUUUAUAAUCACUUCUUAAAGCACAGUAAAAUUCCAUGACCUUCAUGUACCACAAUUUGUAGAGCUAUUUCUUCAAUUGAUACAUGUCUAAUUGUUGUUUGCUAUUACAAAAAUAUAAAUAUUUUGAUAUACAUAGAACUUUUAGUCUCUGAUCUCUUGGGGGUGUAUGCUAAGCACUCAAAUCUCUAGUCAAUGUACAUUCAAUAGUUUUAUUUUUUUAGCUUAAUUUUAAAUUGCUUUCUGUAUAGAGAAAGGAUUAGAUUUGCUCUAUUUGGUUCCAAAAGGUAGAACCAGGAGAAGUAGGGGAAAGAUACAGGAAGAAAAAAGGCCAGUGUAGGUAAUGAUUCAUUGUCAAGAGAAACUUCCUAGCAUGUUAAGAUGUUAAGAGCCCUUUCUAGGACUACACACAACCAGCGAUUCAUGAGUCUCAAUUUUAAAGUUUACAGUAUUUGAAUCCUCCAGGUCAAAUUCAAUUUUGAUAGCCCUAUUGUGGUUUUGGAGAUGACCUUGGAUUUUCAUCAAUUAUGCCAAUAAAAGACAGAUUGGCAGUUAAUUCCCCAGCUGGAAAGGCUUUGAGUUGUGGAAUGGAGAGUAGCUUCUGAAAAGUUUGGUUUUCAGCUGAUUGAUGAUUUGAUUUGACUUGAUUUUUGGCCAUAGUCAUUCAAGAAGUUUUGAGAAAUGGGUCAGUUUUAGGUCUUUCGGGACCUUAAAAUUUGUCCCAUUAUUAGCUGUUACUAUUAAGGGGAUGCACAUGGUUCUUUUUAGCUUUAUGACAUGAUCACCUCUGACAUGCUAUUUUCUUCCAGUUCUGCAUCAUUUCCCUUUAAAGUCCUGUCCUCAUUUUAUAGAUGGGAAAAUCAAGAUCCCAUAAUGAAAUAAUGGAUUAGAAC